UCGCCUGAAUUGGAUGGAGAGUUGCAUCAGUAUAAAUACACGGCGGUGUGGGACUUCUAUGACAAUUCACUGUGCUCAUCUUCAACUCUUUAGUCACGCUUUUCUCUCUGUUAGUACAGCGCCAUUCUUUGGAUUACCAUGCAGAGCUACCACUUGAUUGUUAUCGUAGCAGUAGUGACGCUGUCACUAGUGAUGGCUGCCCCCCAGGCCCCCCCAGCGGGCGCCCCCAUCCCUAUCCUGAAGGAUGAGAAGAAUGUCAACCCUGAUGGAUCAUACUCUUACAGCUACGAGACAGGCAACGGUAUCAAGGCUGAGGAGCAAGGUAUCCUGAAGGAUAUCCCCGGUGAGGACGGCAAACCUGCACAGGCCAUCGUGGCACAAGGAUCGUACUCAUACACGGACAACGAGGGUCACGUGAUCACCGUCACCUACACCGCCGACGAGAACGGAUUCGUCGCCAAGACCACCAAGACGUAGACCGCCAUCUUGUAACGCCGCCGCCAUCUUGCAAAUGCGCCAUCUUGCGGAAAGCGUCGCCAUUUUGUGAAAAUGUCUGUCACCUUGCAAAAAGCGACAUCAUUUUGCAGGAUCGUGAUUUUGUGAAACUGUCAUUUGUCAUUCUGUAGAGUCGCCUUUUUGUGAAACUGUCAUCUGGCGAAUUUUCGUUUUGCAGAAUCACCAUCUUGCAAAAAGCGGCGCCAUUUUGUAGAACGGACAUUUUGUGAAAAGCUUCGCCAAGAAUCGAAAGUUGUAAUUUAUUGAAAACCAAAACCAUAUCUGCCAUCCCAUGACCACUUCUUCCCACCCACCUGUCCUAAGUUCAUUUUGUAAAUAAACUUUGUAUUGAAGACAUCAA